AUGAGGGAAUUAAGUGGAGAAGUUAUUCGCUUCUACGAUCGAAGAGAACAGCGGAAGCUCUUGGUUGCCAGGACCCCCUGGGUUGCGGACCGGUUUGAGGAAUUCCUUAAUGAACGGAUAGGCAUCAUUAAUGUGAACCAGAAAUAUGGUAAAAAGACAUUUUUAGCGGGAGACCGACAGCGGAGGACAGACCCGACAGCGGAGACCCGACAGCGGAGACCCGAACAGCGGAGACCCGACACCCGCCGCCGGACAGCGGAGACCGACAGCGGAGACCCGACACCGCCGACCCGCGGCGGAGACCCGACAGCGGAGACCGACAGCCGACCGACAGCGGAGACCCGACAGCGGAGACCCGACAGCGGAGACCCGACAGCGGAGACCCGACACCCGCCGACCGACAGCGGACCCGACAGCGGAGACCCGACACCGGAGACCGACAGCGGAGACCGGACAGCGGAGACCCGACACCGCCAACCCGACAGCGGAGGCCCGACACCCGCCGACCCGACAGCGGAGACCCGACAGCGAGACCCGAAAAUGGCGACCCGACAGCGGAGACCCGAAAUUGGCGACCCGACAGCGGAGACCGACACCCGCCGACCCGACAGCGGAGACCGACACCGCGACCGACAGCCGACCCGCCGACCGACAGCGGAGACCGACAGCGGAGACCCGACACCCGCACCCGACAGCGGUCAGGGCCCGACACCCGCCGACCCCGACAGCGGAGACCCGACAGCGGAGACCCGCAAAAUGGCGACCCGACAGCGGAGACCCGAAAAUGGCGACCCGACAGCGGACGACACCGCCAACCCGACAGCGGAGGACGCCACCCGCCGAGCCGGAGACCCGACAGCGGAGACCCAAAUGCGACCCGACAGCGGGACCCGAGACCCGACACCCGACCUGCCGACCGACAGCGGAGACCCGACACCCGCCGACCGACAGCGGAGACCCGACACCCGCCGACCGACAGCGGAGACCCGAAAAUGGCGACCCCGAGACGACCCGACAACACGAAGGACCCGAAAAUGA